AUGCUCAUUUCGUUUCUGUAGAUUGAGCAUCCCUAACAUGGAAGACUUGAAAAGAAGAUUACUAAAAAUGGUUUCUAACUGCAGUAAGCCAAAGUAUAAGAUCCUAAUGCACGGCUGCUGGUACGAGCUGUUUGGAGGAACUCCUGAUGAUUUCCCUACGGAGCUGGAGAACCGGCGGGAGGAGGCACUUAGCCAGCCGCUGCUAGGCGAGGAGAGUCUGUUAGUUCAGCGCUCAAACACCUACCAGAGCCUGUCAUCCGACGACUCUCCCUCCCACCCCACACACCUGCCCCUGUACCCGCCGGGACGCAUCCUGCACAUCACCGAGGACGGGCCCGCUCGCAGGUCAGCACACACGCCAGGGAUGCGUGAUUUGAUCAGACUUAAAGGGAUAGUUCACAUAAAAAUUACAAUUCUGUCAUUAAUUACUCACCCUCAU